AUGAAGUUUCUGGAGUUGGGGGAUUCCAUCAGUCGUUUCAGGUUUGCCCAGUCCAGUGUGGGGCUGGCAGGUUGCCUGUGUGUGUGCUACGCAGUCUGGACACCGUUCUGGCUGAAGGAGCGGGGACUCUGGGCAGAGUGGAAUAACACUAUAAGUGACCAGACGAACCGCAAACAUGGCACUGUCUUCAAUGCCUUGGAAGCAGAGAGAGUAUUCGGGAUUCUUUCCUUCCUGAUGGCUGUGUGCACUGGUGCGCUGUGUCUGGUGUUUGCCCUCUGCUGGACAUCUCAGACGGUGCGUUCCUACUCCAACACUCGCUCCCUCCUCAUGGCAGGACAGGCACUCUACCCCACCACCCUGCUGCUACUCACCAUGGCCUCUACAGGUUUCUUCUUCCUCCUCAGCUGGUCUCUUUUCACAUAUCAGCACCGGGCAGAAAUAAGUCAAGACCUCUCCAGCCUCGGCUCUUCCUACUGGCUCGGGGCUUUAGGUUGGGUCCUGCUGCUGGUUGUGGAGAUGAUAGUCUUUGUCACUGAACAAGUUGUUGUGCCAGACAUCAUACCAGACCUAGAGAAGGCUGUGGAGUCAUGGCGGAUUUCCUCUCAGCUUAAGGCCGCUAACGGCUCUUUCAGCGAUGGGUAUCACCCUGGUAAUAGCAAAAGCAACUUGAUUCCAAAGAGGUAUAUGUCAUCACCUUGAGUGGUGUGCAGAUAUACGGACAUUCAGAAUUAUUUUGAAUGUGUAAGUUACACAUUAAUGCACACAGACUCAGUGAGAAAGCUGCUUUACGCAGCUGUACAGCCAAACUGAAUACUGAUUGACUGUGUUUGGAGCUAACUAUUGACUAGAGGAAUUAAGAUUCUCUGAUCCCUGAAAGUCAGUGAGACCAAAUGCUCCAGCUUCCUUCAAGGUUAUCUGUGGUGGUAAUUCUGCAGUUUCUUUUCAGUAUGGACUGAAAUAAAAUAAAACACUGUAAGGAUAGGAGUUGUGUUUGAAAUUCAUAAACGUUUGACCAGAUUUGCCUCUGGGCCAGGAACAAAUCCAGGUUUUUACUUUGAACUUGAACCUUUACCUGAAUAUUUCAGUACUGCAAUUUACUUGCUGGAUGUUAAAAUAGCGCCAUCCUGUGAUGGCACUUUACACUAAAACUCAAUCAAAAAAGAAUUUGUUAUUUUAAAAUAUUUGAUUUUAAUUGUUGAAAUGUGAGACAAGAACUUUAAUAAAUGAUGUAAAGGGACAUCGUGAUGAUUGUGAAAUACUAAGUUCAAAUACACAUUGUCUGUAUC